AUGACCUGUUUCCUUCCAACAGGGGUCGCCAGAGGCCACAAGGACCAGCUCCAGGGCUCUAGGAGGUGGCUUCAGGUAGGCGGCCAAGAAUGUGAAUGCAAAGAGAAUCAAAGGCACCACAGAAAGCUAAACAAGCACUCCAGAGCCUGCCAGCAAUUUCUCCAAAGAUGUCACCUAGCAAGCUUUGCUUUGCCCAUUUAG